AACAAAGUAUGAAAGCAAAAAUAUACAUAUUAAUAAUUACUAGUGACAUUAUCAACCAACUCAACGUUAUUCUUAGUGAAAGAGCCUAAAGUUUAUCGUCACUUGUUUUUAUGAAUCAAGAUCGUAUGUACUUCGCCAUUUCAAGGUUGUUUUUAUAGUGCACUGAAUAAAAAGUUUUGCAAAUGUCAAUGCAAGAAUUCUCGGACAAUUUGUCCACCUUGUCGUACAUGUCGCGACAUCGUAUUCCAUCUUGGUUAUAUGAUUCGAAGAGUAAGGCACUCUUUGGCCGUACUGGAAAGAGCUGGGUUCUGUGUCUUUUGUUCUACGCCACUUAUUAUGCUUGUCUGGCAGCGUUUUUCACUGGUUUGCUGUGGCUCGUUUUGUAUUUCAACGUUCCGGAAGAUCAUCCUGCCCGCACAGGAAAGCAAAGUUUACUGGAUUUCAAACCUGGUUUGGGUCUCCGCCCAACUGUAGAAGUUCAGAAGUCAAUGAUUAAAUUUUCUACGGGUGAUCCUCAGACCUAUUUCCCUCAUGUGGAUAAUAUAGAUGCUUUUUUGCAAACGUAUAAAGACGUAAAUGCAAAACCUGAUAGUCAGUUUGCAAGUUGUAAAGGCAAAGAUGCCGAUACAAAAGAUGUUGACAAAGUUUGCAAAUUUUCUCUCGAGAACUUAGGACCCUGCAACAAUAAAAAUAGCUAUGGUUACAGUAAAGGGACACCGUGCGUUUUGCUUAAAUUAAAUAAAGUAUAUGGUUGGAUGCCUUCUCCGGAAGAUUCAUCUGUUUCUAACGAUAUCCUAGUCAACUGUUCUGGACAAAAUCCUGCAGAUGACGAAAAUAUCGGUCCUGUGGCAUACUAUCCGAAUAAAACUGUUAAAGGCAUAACUUAUGAGGAGACUUCUACGACGCUUUCGAACUAUUUUGGUAUUACUUGGCAUUUGAGGGUUAGCAGUACAUUUCAGGACGCAUUAGCUUUUGAAACAGUGGUGUCUAAAGGAGAAAUAACUUCACCCAUUUGGAAUGCGAAUAUAUCCAGCUGACUAAUUCGAAAUAAGAGGAAACAACUCUUGUGGAUCAAACUGUUAUCCAAGAUCACUAAUGUAGAAUAUAAAGUUGAUUUAAGAUUUGUUCGUUGCACUUUCCAGUAAGCGGACUAUACAAACACUGAAUUUUUUCUCUAUAUUAGACUGCAAUCAUGUCUAUGUACAGAUUUCCUUCAGUCUAUUCUUCUUAUACAUUGAUGCUUUUUCGGCCUUACUUGGUAUUCAACUUUUGUUCUGUUCAUUCCGAGUUGAAAUUUUCUCCAAGGUAAUUAAUUUUUCAUAUCUUUGAAUACCUUUUUACUUUAAUUUGUUUUCGCCUUUUCAUUGAAGAAAUAGAAUUGUUUUUCUUUGUCUUUUUUGUUUAUUUGAACUGUAGCAGUUUAAAUAUUUUUCCAUUUUUGUUUAAAUGAAGUGGUGUAAUGAAUUGGUAUAUGAUGGUCAUCAGAAGAUUAAGGUGGGAAAAACCCAGUGAAAACUAAUGUGUAAUAAGUGAUUAUGGAGGUUAUUCCAGGAACUUCACUUUUCAAUGUCGAAAGAUAUCCCAUUGGUGUAUUAAAUGAUAUCCUGUCUUCUAAUCACGUGACAGUUUUAUAGUUAGGGAUUUAAUGCCCGUAGUUACAUGAGUAAAUCAUCAGCUGAUGGUAAGUAACUGACACAGUUGCCAGGAUUUUACUAUUGACUCGCUGACUGAUUGACUUACUAAUCGAGGUGGGUAGUCGAUUGUCAUUCGUAACAUACGUCCAAGCCAUCUAAAUCGACGCAGUUUGAAAAUCGUAUCGAUCGACUUGUCCUUUGUAUUUAACACUUUAAGCCCAACCUCACUAAUUAUGAGCGUAUUGCUUCAUAUUGCAUCAGAGAUUGAAAGCAGGCACCUAUGGUCACAUAAAUCAAUAAUAUUUCCAUAUUCUUAAUUUUCAACGGCAAAGUCUCUCUGAAUGAACGGUAAUCCUCUAACUAUUUUGCCCUGGAUGGUGAUGGAGGCCUGUCAAUCAAGUGUUUGAUCUGAUCAACAUACUAAGUGACAUGACACUGUUGUGAGUUUUUUAAGGAGCUCAUUGACCCACACCGUCACACUAUUAUGAAUACACUUGCUUCCAGUUUAUGUGUAUUGCACUGUAGUCAGCCUCGUCUAAUUUAUAAUUAUUUUAGAUACACAGUUAUUUAGGAAAGAGAAAAUUGAGCAGAGGGACUCUUUUCACUGCGACUGAAAUAUAUACAACUAUGCUUCAUGAAUAAUAUCAACAUUUGUUUUGUUUAGGAUAGACAGUAACGAACAAAACAAAUGCAGAGUUGUAGAGAAUAAUGAAUGUUAUUCAAAAUGCAAUCAAACAUCUUUCUGACACUAGUCAUUCACUCUUAAUGACACGUCCUUUCAGUGUUAUUCAAAAAAGGUACAAAGUAGUGGCCAACAAAAACCAGAUAAUGCUUCCCUACUUAAUAUUAAUGAAGCCUUAGUUAUCGAAAUAACACAUGCGGUGGUUCACUUGAUCAUUGUCUCAUGUUUCCACAGUUUUCAUCUUGUGUUGAUGAAAAACAUCUGUUUACUUCAUCCUAGAUAAUUCCUAAGUAAAGUCAGUCGCUUCUUAGUCCUAUGCCUAUUUCUAGAGUAAUUUUUGCGUCAGAUAUUUUGUCAUGUUACACAAUUUCUUUUUCACGAUCAUUCAUCUCUACCAAAUUUUUACUUUGAACUUGACUGAGACAUACUUUUUUCAUUCAUUGCUUUCCGAGGGAACAUAGGGCUUCGAGCUCUCCAAAGUCUUAGUAGCGGUGGUGAAAUUUUUGAAGGGUGGCGUUGCUAGCCUCAAGACCAACCUCUCCUCUUUCUCUGCAUCUACUAGUGUGGCUAGUAGAUUACGCGAGGUUUAGGAGUUCAUCAGCCGGAAGUUGAACCUGGGCCUUCUGUGUAACUGGCUAGCAUUUUACCAUUGAACCACGGGAGCGAUUAACGUAUAUUGAUGACAGCCAUUCUGAACUUUACAUUUUAUUGUGUGUUUUAAACAAAAGCAAAUCAUUGAAUACAUUCAAGGGAUAAAGUUGUUUGUAUUUCGGCGAUUGUACAGCUGUAGUGAGUGAAAUUACCGUGAAGAGUCUUUUCAGAAACCUACGUCUUUCAUCCUUCUUACUUUGUAUGUUCUAUGCAUAUUUCCAUUUAACAAGUGCUGUUUAUGUCUCUGAGACAUAUGAAAUGGAAAAUUAUUUAUUAUCCAUAUGUAUGAAGUGAUCAUUGUAGACAGUGUGAAUCCCUUGUUUUUUUCCUUCACGUUCCCAGUGGAACUUAGGUCUCCAAGCUAGAGGCUUGAAGUUUCUGUAGCAGUGU